AUGAACAGCAGCAACAGUUACUUUAAUUUUGUAAUCAUGUGGCAAAGCAGUAAAAUAUCUGCAAUGUAUUUCAUGGACAAAGAUUCCAAACUGUCUAACUUAUUUCAACAGGCAAGCAGUCCUACAACAGGAACAGCUCCCAGGAGUCAGUCACGGUUGUCUGUCUGCCCUUCCACUCAGGACAUUUGUAGGAUCUGUCACUGUGAGGGAGAUGAUGAAAGUCCCCUCAUCACACCAUGUCGCUGCACAGGGACCCUGCGCUUUGUUCAUCAGGCCUGCCUGCACCAGUGGAUUAAGAGCUCAGACACGCGCUGUUGUGAACUCUGCAAGUACGACUUUAUAAUGGAGACCAAGCUCAAACCUCUUCGGAAGUGGGAGAAACUACAGAUGACAACCAGUGAGAGGAGGAAAAUAGUUUGUUCAGUCACAUUCCACGUAAUUGCAAUUACCUGUGUGGUUUGGUCAUUGUAUGUUUUAAUUGAUAGAACCGCUGAGGAAAUUAAACAAGGCAAUGAUAACGGUGUCCUUGAAUGGCCAUUUUGGACAAAACUCGUCGUGGUGGCCAUUGGAUUCACAGGGGGCCUGGUCUUCAUGUACGUGCAGUGUAAGGUUUAUGUUCAGCUGUGGCGCAGGUUGAAAGCCUACAACAGAGUGAUCUUUGUUCAGAACUGCCCAGACACCGCCAAAAAACUGGAGGAGAAGAACUCUUCGUGCACUCAGAGCUCGGACGUCAAGGACGCAGUGGUGGUGCCAGUAGCACAGACAGGUACAAACUCUCAGCCGGCAGCUGAAGAAACGACAUCUGAGGUGAUGCCAGUUUGA